AUGCAAGAAAGAAACGGAACCCAAGUGUCGGAGUUCAUCCUUUUAGGCUUCUCAGACCAUUCUGAAUUGGAGAUUCCCUUGUUCUUCCUCUUCCUCCUGGUUUAUCUCAUGACCCUCACAGGAAAUCUGGGUAUGAUUGUGCUGAUCCAGACAGAUCCCCUCCUGCAACUGCCAAUGUAUUUUUUCCUCAGCAACUUGGCCUUCAUUGACAUCUGCUACUCCUCCACCAUCAUCCCCAGGAUGCUGCACGACCUCCUUGCCCUGAGAAAGGCCAUUUCAUACAUGGCGUGUGCAAUCCAGUUGUGGUUCUUCAGCUUCUACGCCACCACGGAGUGCUUUCUGCUGGCUGCCAUGGCGUAUGAUCGCUUUGUCGCCAUCUGCAACCCACUGGUUUACCCUCUUGCCAUGGCCAGGAAGGUCUGUCUGCAGCUCCUGGCUGCAUGCUACCUGCUGGGGCUUGUGACAGCCUUUGUCCACGCCAGUGGCACCUUCAGACUCUCCUUCUGCGGACCCAAUGAGGCCAGCUCCUUUUACUGUGACAUCCCUCCCUUGCUGCGGAUCUCCUGCUCAGAUAACUCUACUUCCAGGGUGGUCCUCUAUAUCCUCUCCACUUUUGUCGUGCUGCUGAAUGCCGUGACAGUCCUGGUAUCCUAUGGCUAUAUCAUUUCCACCAUUUGCAAGAUGCGGCCAUCCACAGGCAGGCACAAGACCUUCUCGACCUGUGCCUCCCAUCUGACUGCCAUCGUCUUGUACUACGGUUCCCUGACCUUCAUGUAUGUGCAACCCGGGGGGCUUGAGGCCGUGGAGCACGGCAAAAUCGUGUCCGUCUUCUACACCAUUGUGAUCCCCAUGCUCAACCCCAUCAUCUACAGCCUCAGGAAUGAGGAAGUGAAGAAGGCCUUGAGGAAAAGGCUGAGCAAAGCAAUCUCUCUUUCACAGCCAAAGUUGUGA